AUGUCUUGGCAGGAUGCUGAACGUGCAGCUAAAUUUAUUUGGCCUCCUCUUCGAAGACACAAUCAAUGGUUUGUCCAGGUGCGUGGUUUAGAACCAAAUAUUUUUGUCAUCAAGUUUAAAAUUUCAGAAGAUAAAGAUGCAAUUUUAUUUGGUGGAGCUUGGAACCUUGAUGGUCAUUUGAUUGUUUUAAAGGAUUGGAAUCCCACUAUGGAUUAUCAUCUACUGGAUUUUUCGGUUUCUCCUUUUUGGUUAGAGUAUAAAUAUCUUUUACCUGAAUUCACCUAUGCUGAUAUUCUUCGAAUGUUUGGUAAUAUUGUCGGGGAAGUUAGAGUUAUAGAACCAGAUGGUGUGAACCCUCCUACAUCCUCUAAGUAUAGAGCUCUUGUUCUCAUUAAUGUUAACACUCCCCUUAUUACUGGUAUAACUACUACUAAUGCUGCUGGUGUAACUAGGUGGAUUGGUUUUUUUUAUGAGAAACAGCCUUAUUGUCUUCGUCCUGAAUGUAAAGUUCCUAAUCAUGAAGAGAUUGACUGUGCUAAUAUGACUCAUACCCGUCAUGAGAUGGAAGAAAUUGUUCGUGGUUUUGGUUUUGUAGAGCCCAUUUUUCCUCCUCAAAGGAAUCCUGAGCAAGAAGCACAACUCUUUCUACAACAUGGAUCUCAGAGACGUGAUAGACUACGACAACCUAUUGAACAACAUCCUAGACACUUUGAUGGUAUGCGCCUUUCAAUCUUCUCGGCCACUGAUUCAGGUUCUGGUGCUUCCUCUUCAUAUCACAAUCAAGCUCAGCCCUCUUCUUCUUUGAGACCAUCUUAUACUAUGACUAGUGACGGUGCUAGUACUAGUGGUGUUAAGAAAAGAUAUCGUCGUACACCUAUUUUGGUUAUAACUUCUGAGCCGCAUAUUCCUGAUGCUGAUUUGGAUGACAAUGUGGUUACUUCUCAAGUGGAUGAUACUGUCUCUGUUGAAGAUGAUACCACUGCUUCAGCCAUAGAUAAUGUUUGGGACAUUGCUGCAGCCUCUGCUUAUAAUGCACAGAAUCAUACUGAUGCAUGGCAACAGGGGCAUAUGUCACGGGAAGGGGAGCCUUGAGAAGAGCUAGUAAUGCUCAACAGGCCGAAGCAUGGGCAAUGUUGGAGGCUAUGCAACUGGCAGAUUCAAAUGGUUGGUCUCAUGUGAUUUUUGAAUCUGAUAAUCUGGGAAUUUGUUCUUUUCUUCAACAACAAUCUUCUCUUUGUCACUGGCAGAGUAUGCCUCUUCUGCGAAAAUGUGUAAACAUAUGUAAUAUUA